CAAGUGAGGCUACCGAGAGGUGGUGUUGACCGACCGCAGCAGGUUUUCACCGAGAAACCUGGAAAAAUCACGCUUCCUAAGGCGACUGACAGUAACGCCGAGUCCUUAAUUUUUAACGGAAGGGUCAGCGGUGCCGGAGUUCAGGCGACGCGACGCAGAGAAGAAAGUAAAUCCCGGAGGGAAAGAGCCCGAAGUGAGCCUGAGGAUCAAAGCUAAUGCUAAGUUAGCCAGCCUAUGCUAAAUAAUUACACGGAAACUGGAGUCAUUUAAUUAGUCGCUUGCUUUGACAUAACCACUGUGGUUACCAAGUAGGUAGUCUGGGGACAUUUGUUAAGUUAUAUGUGACAUUUAAUUUAAAUAUCGAGCUGUUUUGCCUUUACAUUUUAGGCCACAAGCGACUGGUAUUCAGUUAGCAAGAUUAGCUACAAUAGCCGGUCUUACUGAGGUUACACCGGCUCUGCGCUCCUCAGGACAGGUGAUAUUGCUAAAGAUAGUUCGCUUUCAAAGCAGUUUCAAAUCGGGAGGUAUCGGUGUUUAUAAGUUAGCUUUCACUUGGUACUGUGUGAGCCUUGUGCUUCGCAAUGCUGAAACAACAGCAGCAACCCGGCUCAGGCGGGAGAAAGGCGUCUAACGGGACAUCGGGCCCCGCCGGUAUGUCUUCCCCAGUCAGCGGCAUCAACAGCGGCAACAGGACACCGGCUGGGAGGAAUCGAACUUCUGCAAAGCCAUCAUUCCAGUCAUCUCCUGUGUUUGAGGGUGUAUACAACAAUGCCAGAAUGCUUCAUUUCCUCACAGCUGUUGUGGGGUCCACCUGUGACAUAAGAGUGAAGAAUGGCAGUAUGUUUGAAGGCAUAUUCAAGACUCUCAGUUCUCGGUGUGAGUUGGCAGUGGAUGCUGUACACAAACGCAGUGAAGAGGACAGCUCCACAGCAGCCCCACCACGGAGGGAGGACAUUACUGACACCAUGAUCUUCAGUCCCUCAGACUUGGUUACAAUGAUCUGCAGAGAUGUUGACCUCAACUAUGCCACCAGAGACACCUUUACAGACACAGCCAUCAGCUCCACCCGCAUCAAUGGAGAACACAAAGAGAAGGUUUUGCAGAGAUGGGAGGGAGGAGACAGCAACGGGGAGAGUUACGAUUUGGAGAAUGAUGCAUCCAAUGGCUGGGAUGCCAACGAGAUGUUCCGUUACAAUGAAGUGAAAUAUGGAGUCACAUCAACAUACGAUUCCAGCCUCUCCAUGUACACUGUACCAUUGGAGAGGGGCAACUCGGAGAUGUUUCGGCAGAGGGAGGCACGUGCUGCUCGCCUGGCCAGCGAGAUUGAAUCAAGCCCCCAGUAUCGCCAUCGUGUCAACCUGGAAAACGAGGAGGGCAAAAGCGAGGAGGACAAGUACAGCGCUGUGGUGCGUGAUGGCAACGAUCGCGAGAGGGGUCGUGAGAGUCCCCGGGACAGAGAGCGUGAAAGGGGCCGGGACAGUCCUGGAGCCAGCAACAGGGAGGGCAAGUACAUUCCAUUACCUCAACGCCAGAGAGAGAUGAACCGGGAGCGAGAGCGAGCUGAGAGGGGUCCUGGUGGGCCUCCGCCUCACAAUCGUCUAAGCGGAGGUUACCGCUCCACCCCUCCGUCCUCCUCGUCCUCUUCCCCCAGACCCCCACUGCCAUCUGCUGCUGGACCCCAGUCUGGUGUCUCCCCCUCAGACAGAAACAGCCCUCUGUCAGGUAGAGGCGGGGCCUACGCUCCCCACCACCCACAGGGAAGCCCCAGUCCAGGCCCAGGCUCUGGCCCUGCGAGCCCGUACACACCUGCCUCACCUGGAGGACCAGCACCCAGCCCAGCCUCUGCUUCAGCCGCUGCAUCCCCAGCCAGCCCCCCUGCCCCACACGGACACACGGUUCCUCAUUCCCACUCACUCCCACACUCGCUGUCUGACGCUGGCAGACCCGUUAAUGGAGUCUCCACCAGAACAUCUCCCAAAGCCCAAAGACCUCCACAGUCGAGCAGGACAGGACGCACUCCAAACUCACACUCUCAGUCCACAGCUACCCGCUCCCCUAAAUCAGGUUCUUCCCAUGACACGCCUUAUCUGGACACUUCAUCCGUCACCCUGCCUGUCCAGAAGACGUCAGGCCCUGCCCCUCUCUUCCCUGUAGAUGUGAAUGAGAUUCUUGGUGCGGCUGCAAAGGAACGCGCUGCAGAGAGUCCGAGCAGCACAGAGGAAAGCAAGAGCAGUAAAGCAGCUCCCUCACUUCAGCAGAGGUCGCAGAUUGAGGAGCUGCGGAAAUUUGGCAAGGAAUUCAGGCUCCAGCCGAGUGGAGGCAGCUCCAGCUCUCCCAGUUCCCCGGCAGCGGCAACCCCUCCUGCCGUCGGCGAGGCUGCCCAACCCGGCGCUGCCAAGCCCUCUCCCUCAGACGCUCACCCCGCUUCAGAGCCCAAAGCUCAGCCUCCAGCUCCCAGUCCUUCACAGCCCCAGCCUCAGCCUUCACCAGCUCCCACUGAGGACCCCACCAAGGACACGGCAGCUACACCUGGUAGCGCCACAGCCGCCGCCACCACGGCGCCCCUUUCAGACAGGCAGUCACCGGCGGCCCCUCAGCCAGCCAGGACCCCAGGAAGUGAGGAGGCCAGGUCUGAGACGACGGAGCGGACAGAGGGCGUGGCAGACCAAGUGAAGAAGUCCACCUUAAACCCCAACGCUAAAGAGUUUAACCCUAUCAAACCUCAGAUGAACAUGGCGAAGCCCAACACUGCGCCCACCCCACCUCGGCCGACUCCUCCAAGCCCAGUGGUUCUGCAGCACCCGGGUGGACAGGGCCCGAUCUACAACACUCCCUACCUCUCCUACGUCUCACAGAUCCACUCUGUGCAGCCUCCACCGAUGUACCAGUACACCAUGUCUGCAGUCAGCCAGGGAAAAUACCCCAGGACCAAAGGAUCGGUAGUGGCUCCGCGCUCUGACCACGGGACGUCAGCACCCCCCAUGCUGCAAGCUGCAGCGUCUGCAGCUGGCGCCCCGCUGGUUGCGUCGCCCUACACUCAGUCCUACCUUCAGUACAACCCCCAGCAGUACGGCCAGCAGCAGGUCAUCCAGGCCAUGACACCGUACCCUGGACAGCCGAUGUACUCCAUGCUGCAGAGCGGAGCCAGGAUGAUAGGUCAAGGUGGAGGUCACCCACAACCCCUCGGAGCACCAGGAGGUCCCCCGUUCCAAACACAGGGAGAUGGACCUCAAGGCCCUCAGCAGGGCAUCUAUGCAGCUCCACCGUCGUUCUCUCAUCACUCGGGUGCAGUUCAUCAGCCGCAGCCCUCCAGUACCCCGACAGGCAACCAGCCUCCUCCACAGCAUGCUGCACCGAGCCCCGGACAGAACGCCCAGUCAGGCCAACAGCCUCAGCCCUUGUACCACUCAGGUCCCUUGCCGGCACCAACACCACCCAACAUGCCGCCAGGCCACACGUCUCCACAGGGCUCGUACCCCAUUCAGGGCUACAGCAUCCACGGACACCAGGGCAUCCCAGCCACUUACCCCCUGGGGCAGAUAGCACAGGCCCACGUACAAGGAGCCAUGUCGGGUCCCCACCACUCGGGGAGCCACGGUCAGCCCCAGUUAGUGAUGCUGCAGCAGCAGGGCCCCGGCGCCGUGCCCCAGCACCCCCAGCACGGACCUCAGCAGGGAGCACACCAACACUUUUACAUAGGACACCCACCACAAGGUACAAUGACAAGAAACCCCCUCCUCUUGACCCGUCAAAUAAAGGUGACUGUUGCUUGAAAUGUGGGCUUUACCAUUUCUGCUUUUUUUUUAUUAUUAUUAUUUGUCACCUCCCACAGCGAUGCAGGUACAAACACACCCUGCUUCCUUCCAUCCGCCUGGAAACUAAAACCCCCCCCUCUGCCCUC